UAACACAGUUUUGUUGGUACACAGUGUGAUUGGCUGUAUAUGUUCAAGGCAAAAUCCCCGUAUUACAAUUUCUUACAAUUGAGUAUGACGAAUACCGUAUCUGUUACGUUAAUCAGUUGUACGUAGUUAACCGUGUUCGACAGACCAUAAAGUUGCAAACGAAAAUAUGGGUACUUCUGAGAGUAAAAGUACAAACACAAAUAAUAAAUCUAAUAUAAAAAUAACUCCUCCAAUUGUUCCGCCAAGAAGUCGUCCAAUUGUUCCACCAAGUACUCCGAAAAUCGUUCAACCUUACCCAUUUUUAACAUUGACAGAAUUUUUUGAAACAUGGUUCUCAUGGAAAGAAAUAUUUCUGAAGUACAAAUCUCAGUGCAUUGACAGCAAUGAUAAGAAAUUAUGGGGAGGUAGGCUUAUAAACUUGAUGGGUCCUGUCGGUGUAGAUAUUUGUAACACAUUUGAAUCUCUAUAUGAAAAUCAAAAUGUGGAUAUAUUACUUCAAAACUUUGACGAAUAUUGUAUGUUCGGAACAAGGAAAAGGCUACCCCGUGAAGAUAUGUAUGACUACAUUAAUGAAUUGCAGGAUCUCAUAAAACAAAAGAACCUUGAAAAUGGGAAAGAAAUAAUUAAACGGAAAAUAUUAACAGAAAUUGAUGAAUCUGAAUUUACCAAGGCUGCCAGAAUUUUUAUACCUGCAUUUCAGUUUUCAGUUGAUUAUAAAAAAUUAACGUUAAAGGAAACUGCAUUUAUCUGGAAAACGUAUUUCUAUAAUGAGAUAGUAAAUUGUAAAAAAUGUGGUAAUGACCAUAAUGCACACUCAUGUCCAGCAAAUAAUAAACAAUGUAUGCACUGCAAAGAAUGGGGCCAUUUCAAUCGAAGGUGCCCAACACGUUUUAUUUUUGACUGUCCUUAUUGUGGAAGUUGUCACUCCAAGAAAUAUUGUCCUGCUUUCAAUGAAACUUGUACUAAAUGUCAAAAACAAAACCAUUUUUUUUGGAAGUGUCGGCAUAGAGAAAUAUCAAAUUGCAUCUUCUGUGGUUUAUCUCAUCCAUAUUCCAGACAAUAUUGCCCAGCUAAAAAUACUUAUUGCGCCAAUUGCAAACAAUUAGGACAUUUUACUGCAAAAUGCAACAAAAGAGUUCAGUGAAAUAAUAAUGAUCAGUAUAUUAAAUAGUUUUAUAAUAAUCAUCAUAUAUUAAAAUAUAGGUAGAAAAAGUUGAUUUUGUUAUUUUAAUUAUAUACACAAUGUAACAUAUACUAAUACUUUCACAGCUUGUAUUAUAUAGUUUAUUUUCUCAUUCAUCCUCAUUUACCAUGCGUUCUCUUUGUUCAUUCAUUUUAUCCCAUUGUAAUUGUAACAUAGUGUUUUGUCCUUGCGUGCGAUAAUACCUAAAGUACAAUAAAAUAAAUAUUUAGCAAACCAAUAUAUAUAAGACUUCAUUAGCUUUAACUUACUGUCUAUAUUCUGAACGUGCCAUUCGAAUGAAAAAAGUCAUUAUUUUCUGUGUACCAACAACGUCAUGUAUGGGUACCAGAUGUUUUACUUUUAACACGUGUGUUGAUUCUUCAGAAUUCAAUACACCGUAUACCUUAAAGGCAAUAUGCUUAUCCU